AUGGUACUCUGUUUCGCAGUACUGCUUUCGGUAUGCUGCAUGGGAGUGUAUUUGAUCAAGGAUAAACCUGUAUACGAGGAACUGGUCGAUUAUCUUGACAAAUCGAUUGCGAUUAGUAAAAUUAAUUACAAUCAGCAGCUUGGAUUUUUCGAGCUUGAAGAGCAGGAGCUACAAGCACUGGAACAACAUCGAAUGGUCAUUUUCUAUUUUUGA